UAUCAACUCCAGAUCCAUAUGCAGAAUCAGCCACUGCUUUGCUAAGACUCACACCAGAAGGUUCAAGUUACUUUAAUUGGCUCAAUGACAAAUCAGGAUUUUUUAAUCAACUACUGACUGAACUUGCAGACGUUAUUCCUGUUGAUCCUUCCCGACUUUCUUCCUCAAAUCGGUUUCAGGAAGACUAUUUAGCGCCUACAAAGCAACUAUUGCUUUCUUUUAAUAUUGAAGCAACCAGAAACCAAUCACAACGAAAUACGUUGAGGGUUAUUUCUGAUUUAAAUACACUCAUUAUUAACAAACAAAUAAGUCCCAUAUCAAACCGUUAUAAUCUUACAUUCUAUUUAGAUGACUCCUAUGGUUGCCAAAAUGCGCAUAUUGAAGCGCUUACUAUAAUUAAUUCAGAAUUUGCUGGGCUCGGUAUGUUUAAAGCAUUUAUUUCUAACAAGGCUGAUUUUCAUACCGGUUCUUUAACUCGCAAAAUGGUCUCAACUAUUAUUUCAACUUCAACUUUUCAACUUUUCCGGAAAAUCGAUGAUUAUGACAAAGCCCUCCACUUCGACAACAACUUCGGACAACUACAUUCAUGCGUUCAAGUUGACCAUGAAUGGAGCAGGAUGGUUACUCCAUUAUUAUGGAGCAAACCAGGACAAGGCAUUAGAAUAGAUUCAGAAUUUGCGUUCAAGUUGACCAUCUCCAUUAUUAUGGAGCAAACCAGGACAAGACAUUAG